AUGGCUGAGAAGGAUAUUUCCUCUCUGAUCAAUGAGCUGAACUUAGACUCAACUCAGCGGCAUCACACAUUUAUCCAACCUUUGAAAGAGGACGAUGUUUAUAAGCCGAAGACUCACAUAAGGCAUCGCAGUCAACCCGGCCGUCGAAGAUUACGUGACGACUACACGUCACCCCAGCAGAACCGCACUCCAACCCAUCAUUCAAGACAAGAGAGGCUGGCUCUUAAAGCCAAUAACUCUGCAAAUACCACAGAACUAUCUUCAUCCACGAAGGUCAACUUUGACUCUGCACCAAAAUUGGACAUACAGAGUGCUUCUGCUGAAGCAAUCGCAGCAAAUGAUCCACCACCAUCAAAAGUCAAACCCUCGCAUGUCUACAUAGUUCAGAUCAUGUGGCCCUCUGAAGAGGUCGAGGGGGUCUACUAUUCAUCAAAAAACGCAAAUAGCCGAGCCAUGGAAUACCUCAAUACAUAA